AUGGGAGAGCCCUGCGAGAGCGGUCCUUGCUCGGCAGCCGCCGGCAUGAAGGAGGGAGCGGAUGGAGAGCCCUGGGACGCGGCGCUGGAGUGGUUGGAGGGAGCCCCGAUGGGCAACAGGAGCAACGCGUCGGCUUUCCUGCAGCUCCUCAAGAACAUCAACCUGGAGAGAGCCGAUGGGAUGCAGGGGGACAGCUCCGACGUGCUGCGGAUCGUCAUCUCCCUGGUGUACUCGGUGGUGUGCGCCCUGGGGCUGGUGGGCAACCUGCUGGUGCUCUACCUGAUGAAGAGCAAGCAAGGCUGGAGGAAGUCCUCCAUCAACCUCUUCGUGACCAGCCUGGCGGUGACUGACUUCCAGUUUGUGCUGACCUUACCCUUCUGGGCCGUGGAGAACGCGCUGGACUUCAACUGGCUCUUCGGCAAGGCGAUGUGUAAGAUCGUCUCCUACGUGACGGCCAUGAACAUGUAUGCCAGCGUCUUCUUCCUCACUGCCAUGAGCGUGGCUCGGUACCGCUCCGUGGCUUCAGCCUUGAAGAACCAGCGGCGAGGUGACCCGCUGGGUGGCUGCUGCUCUGCCAAGUGGCUUUGCGCACUCAUUUGGUUGUCGGCCAUCCUGGCUUCUCUGCCCCAAGCCAUUUUUUCCACCACUGCCACCGUCUUUGAUGAUGUGCUCUGCCUCGUCAAGUUCCCCGAGGGCCGAGGCAGCAACGCCCAGUUCUGGCUGGGUCUGUACCAAAUCCAGAAGGUGCUGCUGGGCUUUGUGCUGCCACUGGCCAUCAUCAGCCUCUGCUACUUGCUCCUGGUGCGCUUCAUCAGUGACAAGCACGUUGGCAGCACCUGCAGCGGCCCAAGCACCAAGCGCCGCUCCAAAGUGACUAAGUCGGUGUCCAUCGUGGUGCUGUCUUUCUUCUUGUGCUGGCUCCCCAACCAAGCGCUGACAACGUGGGGCAUCCUCAUCAAGCUCAACGUGGUGCGCUUCAGCGCUGAGUACUUUCUCUCCCAGGUGUACCUCUUCCCCAUCAGCGUGUGCCUGGCGCACUCCAACAGCUGCCUCAACCCCAUCCUCUACUGCCUCAUGCGCAGGGAGUUUCGCAAGGCACUGAAGAGCCUCCUCUGGAGGAUCACCUCGCCUUCUCUCACCACCAUGCGCCCUUUCACCGACACCACCAAACCCGAGCAGGAGGAGCAGGCCCUGCACACCUUGGUGCCCGUACACCCCAUCACAGCUUCCUCAGAGGCUGCAGCAGUGCAGCCGGAGCUGGCUUACUACCCGCCCGGGAUGGUGGUGUACAGCAGCCGCUGCGACGUGCUGCCUGCUGCCUCCACGGAGCAACGCUGCUGAGAA